AUGCUGCAGGUGCUGCUGCUCGGCUGCAUCCUUGCCCUGCUCCGGGCGUCCUCAGGCCAGGCCCAGGUCCCCAUCCAGGCCAACUUUGAUGCCAACCAGUUUCAGGGCACCUGGUAUGUGGUCGGGGUGGUGUCGGACGACCAGGGCUUCCUGGACUCCAAGGACGACAUGAAGAUGCCCGUGGUGUUGGUGACCUCCUUGGCCAACGGUGACCUGGCCCUCAAGUUCGGGUACUCCACGCCCGAUGGCAGCUGCCAGAAGGUGGACGCAACCCUCAGCAAGGGUGCCAUGGACGGGCAGUUCAGCAACGCAGCCAUGGCGCAGACCAACGUCCGGGUGGUGUCCACCGACUACGAGCAUUUUGCCGUGGUGUACCUUGAGACCCAGAAGGAGGGCGUCAGGAACGUCUGGCUGCAGCUCUAUGCCCGAGCCCCAGAGCUGUUUCCCGAAGGUGCGCAGAAGAUGCAGCAGCUGGCUCCCCUACUGGGCCUGAACCCCAGCCAGGGCGCCCUGCUGCCCAAGUCGGACCAGUGUGCUGGCGCCUUCUCUUAGGUGAGUACGCAGGGACCGGCCUGGGCACCCCUCCUCUAU